AAGGAAAGUACAUCAUCGUGGGAACAUCCAUGAAGAAGCCCUCCUGAAGGAGAUGAGGCAAAUUUAUGGAAAUAUGAAGAAACUAUACAGUGACCAGAGGAAAGAACAGAGAAAAGCAAAAAGGAUUAAAGAAAGAGCCGAAAAGCAUCAACACCAGCGCUCCUAUAUUCCUCGGCAGCGAGGGACGAGUGCAGUUCGGAAUAGCCUGGUAACAAGUAAGGAUUCCAAUCCGCUGACUAGCCGUGCGACAGGUCCGCAAUCCCAGCCACACGUUCAUGAAACCGCUUAUGGGCCUAAAACUACAGGUGAAGUCCCAGUCCGGUCUCAGAAUGAAAACCCCUGGUAUCGUAAGAAACUCAGACCAACAGAACCUCGAAAAACGCAACACGAUAACUUGAGAAGACAUGGCGGUAUUUUGGCGAACAAGAUCUCUUCGAGACAUCCCACCGUGAACCAGUCUUUCAUUGACAAGAUAGUUGCAGAAAUCGAAGCAAAGCAUCCGAUUCUCACAAAGGAAAAAAGUAGCAAAGAUGAUAGCUUACAACGACUAAUUGACAAUGUGGCGGAUAGUGUCGUCAAACAGGUCACAGAGGAGUUUACCGAGCCGCAGGCCAAGCCAAGUAGACGUGUCAACGUACCUAAACCAUGGUCGCAGACAGAAAUAUCGGUUCCCACCGGUACUAUGGCAGACAUGCCUCUUCUUAAUGACUUUCAGAGUAAAAAGCCCUACGCGAAAUCUUCUUUGGUAAAAGAUAUUACCCCAGACCUCCCCCCUGAAAUAAUCAGCAGUGACGAGGUCAGUGAACAAUUGUUGCCUGACUCCUCCCCGGAGGAAGUCAAACCCUCGUCAAAGUCACCGCCUCAGAGAUCACGCUUCGCACAUCAAAGGCCGCAACCUGAGGAACCAGGAAUGCAAGAGAUGCGUGAAAUGUUUAAGUUCAGACAUCGAUACGAUAAACAGAAGCCCAAGUCGCAAAGCGGGAAGAAAAAGGUUACAAUCCCUGCCACAAGUGAAGGUAACGCAGCCUACUUAGUGCUUCAUAUAGGCUUCGAGGAAAUCGAAAAUCGCACAGCCCUUGACAGCUCAGAGCAUAAGAACAAUGCCAUUCUUAGUCCAGAGGUGCGCCUCUCCGUGACCGAGUCCAAAUGUGGCUCUGCCCUGAGCAUGCGCGGUGGACGCUUAGUUUUCACCCAUUUCAACAGUCGUCCACGUGAGGCGAUAACAAUCACUUUGUGGCUUAAACUAGACUCAGUCUCGGGAACAGCCACUUUGUUCAGGACGACGGGGUCGGGAGCUAAGUACAACCUACAGUACCGCGAAGGCAAUAUUCAUUGGUCUCACGUAGAUGACUUAGGGCACAUAAUAUUUAGCAUGGCAACAAGGCAGACGGUAGACUCGCUAGAUUGGGUACAUCUCAGUGUUACUUAUGACGCACACAUCAACAUGAGCAAGAUUAUUUUGAACGGAGCCGUUCUGGACGAAAAAGAAGGCCAUGGAUUGCUAUCGCAAAAUUGGGACGGCGACGUCGGGAUCGGAAUUCCCGAAGGGAUAAGAGGACUUAUCGACGAAUUUUAUAUGUACAAUCAUGCGCUUGCCGUGUCCGAUUUAAGUGAUCUGUCGGAGGAAUGCAAUCCUGGAGCAGGUGGGGCUAUUCCUCUUAAGGAAGGAAGCUACGAUGGUCUCAUACCUGACGACAUGAUUCAAGAUGCAAUAUUACAGCUGCAUCCAAACGCUUCAACGACAAAAAAGCCGAAAGCUGCCAUAACAACUCAUACCACUGCCAGCACAUCGCCUACAACAAGACCAACAACGCGGCCCACUUCGCCUACCACAAGGCCGCCCACAACAACAUCAACAACAACCGCGCCUACAACUAAACCCGCAGCAAAUGCCAGGACGACACCAUAUAAGCCAACUCUUCAGGUGCCGUCUAGCGCUUCCCUUUCUAAAAAGACUGGCUCGGGUACUAUUCCGUCCACAAUCACCUUACAUGACGAGCCUAACUGCCAGCAAGGGAUGUUUUAUGAUAGCAGCGAGUUACGAGGUGGCAUGGAUGCGGGCUUAUUCAUAGACCUGGGGCGAGUGAAAGGCUCAACAAGUUGUUUGAAAUUCUGUUGUGAAAUUGAGUCAUGUGACCUGGUUUUCAUGACGCGCGACAGCUGUUAUGCCGUGGACUGUUACAAUAACAAAUUGUGCGAGCCUGUGCCAGCGGACUCUUACAGGAGUGACAUGCCCAGCGUCCACUAUGUCACCAGGAGUGGGAAGUCAGUUCUAGAUGAAAAGUUAAGAAAGUUAGAGCACCGACCAACAACUCCCCCAACUAUCCAACUGCCAACCUUUCCACCGACACCCUACAGAACAACAGCAAAUGAUAUGUUCCUUCCAUACAAAGAAAUCUCCACGCGUCCAACAUUUGCUCCGUCAAACACAAAACGUUUCUGUGCCCAAGGAAUGUUCUUCUACAACGUGAAACUUCGAGACGGCUGGAACGCCGGAAUGCUGCUUCAAGUUUCUAGGGUACGGAGCAUGGAGAAGUGCAUCCAGGUUUGUUGUGACGAGCCUGCGUGCGACUUUGUGAUGCUGAAACAAGGGAGGUGUUACAGUGUGCGGUGUAAGGGUGGUGAUACUUGUACAGUAGAGGAAGGAGGAGAAUAUCAAAUUUCGUUUGUGAGCAGACAAGAUAUGGUCGAAGACGAAACACAAUCCACACCGACCCCUACCCCACUACCUCUCAGUCCUUUAGGAGGAAAAAUGGACGAGCUGCCAGGUAGUCAUCUUCGUUAUCUGUCGCUGUACCUUGGUUUUGAUCACGUGAUUGGUUCUGUGGCGGUGGACGGAUCUGGCCUAAACAAUGACGCAAGAUUAACGAGAGGCACCGAAGUUUCAAGACCUGGUGAGCGAGGAGCCGCAAUCGAAUUGAACGGCGGCGAUGUACUUCUCGAUGGUGAACACUUUCGGGAGAAACCACGCGAAGCCGUCACCAUUGCCUUAUGGUUAAAACUGUGGAGAACCGGUGGAGUUCAUUCCAUUUUUGACACAAUCGGUGGACAUUCUAUUCACAGCAAAGGACAGUACCACUUUGAGGUGUACGAUGGGCGAUUGAGGUGGUUCCAUCGUAAUGAAUACGCUAAGGAAGUCUUCAAUGUCAGGACUUCGCCAGUUCUGCAGCCAAAUCUGUGGUACCACGUUGUAGGCACUUACGAUUCGCGCACGCACAUGGCCAAAGUCUUUAUCAAUGGUGACUUGGUAGGAGAGGGUCGUGGCAGUGGUAUGCUCUCCCUAGAUUGGGAAGCUAAAGCAGGGUUUGGUUCACAUUCUGGGCGAAGGAUUUUACUCGGCUACCUUGAUGAGAUCUAUGUGUUUAGGCGGGCGGUUCUGGAGAAGGAAAUUGAUAGAUACUUGGAGAAUUCUAACAGUGACUCUCUCUUUCAUUCGGAAUCCAACUCUGCUCUCACGGAGACUUUCACUGAAAGUCCUUCUGAUGAUAGCUUUUCAGAUGUUAAUACAGACUCUGUUUGGUUUUCAAAACCAACAAGCCACUUAAGUAAUCUUCCCAUCCAGAGUACUUCUAACAACAACAUGAAGUUCAUGGACCAAGCAAAAAACAAUAGUGCUUCAACACUUGGUACAACAACAGUUGUUGUCAGCGCUGCGAGAGAAAAAUCGGGAUCGGAAGAAACAUUGAAGAUGCCAACAGUGACGUCACCGCAAACGACAGAUACAACUACAGAAACAACCACAUUAUCAACGACGCCGCCAACCACGUUGAAAUCAACAACGAUGCUUAAAAUGACUGCGUCACCUCAUACAAUAGGCGGCACUCCACCAGAAAGACUCAAAACGUUGUGCAGAUUGGGAGAUGUUUAUAGAAAUAGAGAUCUUGUCGGUGGAUUAGGCGCAGGAAAUUUCACCGACAAAGGAAAGGUUGAUACCAUUGAGGAGUGUAUGAAAAUUUGCUGUGGAAUACGAGAUUGCUCUGUAGCUUACGUGGUGGAAAACAACUGCUUUGCCAUAACUUGUACGGAAAAGGAGCAAUGUAAAACGUUUAUCAAGAGCCUGUCGGAAAAUAGUCCUGUCAUUGGAUUUGUGAAUCGAAGCGGGCCAAAAGAAUCAACUUCUCGUCCUUCUACGAAGAAGGAAAAUGAGAAUCUAGCUUCUCCAGCUGACGAUACACCAGUAGAACCAAAUGCAAAGUCAUUGGACGCCCCACAAGGUGAUAAAGAACCUGCCUUCAACUUGAUUGGCAUGCUUUCAACUAAGAAGCCCACUCUAAAUACGACACCUGAGCCUCCACUAUCGAGCUGUAACUAUGGCAGACUUUACCACCACGUGACUUUAGUGGGCGGGCUCCGUGCUGGGGUUUUUACACGGCUAGCUGAGAAUACGGACAUGGACGAAUGCGCUCGGAAAUGCUGUGCCCGGAGGUCAUGUGAUGCUGCGAUCCUCAUGAGGUCCACGUGCUUUGGACUGCAGUGUUCCAGUUCAGAACUCUGUAGUACCAGGCCGUCACGUCUAAAGAACUUUUCUCUUCACAUAAUGUAUAUAUAUAGAGGAGAAACCAACGCUCGGACUACACCAACACAAACUUUCAAGACAACAGAACCAUCUUUAGAAGACCUUCUCGGAGAUGUGAAACCCACGCAGUCUGCUACAACUAUGUCACCGCUGAACAACAUGCUCGGCUUUCCUCGCAUGGAAAACAAUCAUGAGACUUAUUCCAAGCCUUUAUCCGAGUGCUCUCAGGGACUGAUGAUCAACGAUGUAAUCUUAAAUGGUGGCAUGGGUGCUGGCGAAGUUUCUCAGUUUCCCCGCGUGAGUGAUAUACAGCUUUGUAUCGAGAAAUGUUGUUUGACUACAAAAUGUCAUUUGGCUUAUGUCAUACAAGCGGUAUGCUACACCGUAAAUUGCUUCAGCCGUGAUCUCUGUCGAACGAGACCUAUCGAGGACACGGCGGUCCACUCAGUGAUCGCUUACAUCAAAAGGAAUGGCCUAGCGAUGUUUAGCAGCGCCAACGAAGCGAGCGUGAUGCAGCUUGGGAACGCCAGCAUUGCCUCACCUGAAGGUAAACCAAGUCCUACCGCCGGUGCAGUUCGAGCUCCUCAGAACAACAUGAUCUGCCAGAAAGACAGAACGUUUUACAACGUACAGCUGAAGGGAGGUCGGAGCGCGGGUCAAUUCACCGAGAGAGGCCAGGUAAUGGAUAUCAGUCAGUGCAUAGGGAUCUGCUGCGAGGAAAGAUCAUGUGACUUGGCCUACAUGGAGGAUCAGCGAUGUUACACGGUGAAAUGCAACAGUCAAGACACGUGCAAACUUAUCGAGGCCAGUCCUCUCGCGGUCAAGACUGUCUUGGGCUACGUCAAUAGGCUGAAAGACAACAAUGUUUUGCAAGUCACUCCAAGGCCGACUGAGCCGGCCACGGCAAGGUUACAAAGUACGGUUGUUAAGAAUGUUGAUGAAAAUGGUAGUCACCACAAAGAAGACGACAAACAGGAUGCCUCGAAACCGUAUCAUGUCCUGAAACAGAAAUUACAUAAACACAAUCAACAUCAUCGUCAUCAUCAUCAUCAAGGUGAGCAGAAGUGUCCCGCCAAAAGAUACGGCUGCCAGCAUCAUUGUAUUCAUCUCCCGGAUGGAGGUCAUCGUUGCAUCUGUCGCCAUGGUUACAGUUUGGCGCAAAACGGAAGACAUUGCGAAGACGUAGACGAAUGUACCGAUAACACGCAUGGCUGUGAGCAUGAAUGCAUAAAUUAUGAGGGCAGUUACCUGUGUGAGUGCCACAGUGGAUUUAUGCUGAACAGAGACUCGAAACAUUGUGACGACCUUGAUGAAUGUACCAUGGGUGUCCACAGCUGUGAGCAAUCAUGCCACAACACUCCUGGAAGCUACAGCUGCUCCUGCGAAGAAGGGUUUCAACUCCGUGCAGACAAACGACACUGUAUAGAAAUCACAGAAACGGGAUCCAAGAAAGAUCAAGAUUAUGCAGCUUUCUCCGGACUAGAAAUCCCAACAGCAAUAACACAAUCACCUAAGGAUCUCAGAAUAACCCAGUUUGAAUCCGGGAUCUUUCACUGCAAGGCGCGUGGCCACCCAGCGCCACAUAUCGCUUGGGCGUCAGGGUUUAAUGGUGACCAACCCAUCCCUGCUGAAGAUAGGUUCAAAAUUCUACCCACCGGCUCCUUGGUGAUUAGUCAAGUCAAUUUCACUGAUCAAGGGAUGUACCGAUGUGUGGCUUCCAACCCCGCUGGGAGUGCUACGGCAGCAGCUAGUCUUACUGUGAAAGACUUUGACGAAUGCAAAGCCCGCAGUCAUGACUGUCAGCAAUCUUGUGUUAAUACUCAAGGCAGCUUUAGAUGCGAAUGUCAUUCCGGAUUUAUGUUGCAAAGGGACAGAAAAAGCUGUGAAGAUGUUGACGAGUGCAAUGUUGGAAGCCAUUUUUGUGAUGAAAUUUGUCAGAAUACCCAGGGUAGUUUCACCUGUCACUGCAGGUCAGGAUACAGACUGAUGGCGGACCUCAGAACUUGCUUUGAUAUUGAUGAAUGCACAGAGCCCGCUCAUGGCUGUUCUCAGCUGUGUAACAACACUCUUGGUAGUUAUAACUGUUUCUGUUUGAAAGGCUACUUGCUGGAAAAGGACAACAAAACAUGUGUUGAUAAACAUGUUCUGUUGGACACUUCCAAACCAACCACGCUCUCAGCUGGUAUGGGCGCGUUCGUGGCAGUCGCAGGCGUUAGCGUGUUCAUCGUGAUUGGUACAGUGAUGUGUAUUAUACGCUACAGAAGGCGAGCAAGGCUCAGAGGCCUUGAAACGGCGGAGGGAGAAAAGAAGUCUUUGUUUUCUUGGUUGGAAUAAAAGGGAACUUCUCAUACAUCGAAGAA